UCCAAACACCAAAUCUUGACUGGUUCCCAUUUAUAAAAUAUUCAAGAAACGCAAAUCUUUUUCCCCCUUUUAUGACAAAGCAAGAAUUUUUAUAUCUUUUCAUCUCCUUCUGAUCUUCAAUGUCUGUCCCCAUUAACAGAUAGAUACAGAAUAUUAUAUAUAUACAUACAUAAAUCUAUAUAUAUCAUUCUUGAGCUUCAUAUUAUAAGAAAGCUCAGUUUUUUCGAGAUGGGUUCUUUGAAUUUUCAAAUGGGUGUUUGCAUUUUGGUUCUUUUGAUCAGUUUCAGUUGCAAUCUUGUGGAUUCGCAAACUGAAGCUGUAACUGAUGUAGUUGAGGGUAUUCUUGUCAUUAAUGGAAAAAGUUCAAUUGCAAAGAUUGAUAGCGACUUUAUUUGUGCGACUAUGGAUUGGUGGCCACCUGAGAAGUGUGAUUAUGGCACAUGUAGCUGGGGUCAUGCUUCCCUCCUCAAUGUGGAUCUAAACAACAAAAUUUUCCAGAAUGCCAUCAAAGCUUUCUCAACAUUAAAGAUCAGAUUAGGAGGAACAUUACAAGACAAACUUAUUUACCAAACAGAAUACGAUAUCCAAAAACCAUGCAAUCAAUUCUCAAAAAACAACUCAAUGUUAUUCGGUUGGACUAAUGGAUGCCUACCUUUAUCCAGAUGGGAUCAACUCAACACAUUCUUUAAAGACACAGGGGCUAAUAUUAUUUUUGGAUUAAACGCACUUUCUGGGAAGACAAUACAAGCAGAUGGAUCAGCUACAGGAGCUUGGGACUCUGCAAAUUCUGAAUAUUUAAUGCGUUAUACAGUUAAAAAGAAUUACACCAUGUAUGCAUGGGAACUUGGGAAUGAGUUGAGUGGAAGUGGAGUUGGAACAAGAGUAUCAGCAUCUCAAUAUGCUUUUGACACAAGAACCCUAGCAAACAUAGUUCAAGAAAUCUAUGAAGGUGUUGAGAUUAAACCAAGGAUAAUUGCACCUGGUGGUUUUUUUGAUGCUAAUUGGUUCAAGGAGUUUGUUGACAAAACACCCGAAAUUCUAGACAUAAUCACUCAUCACAUAUACAAUCUUGGCCCAGGGGUAGAUCAACAUCUUGUUGAAAAGAUACUGGAUCCAUCUUAUCUUGAUGGAGAAGCUGAUACAUUUAGGCAACUUGAAAGUAUUCUCAAGACUUCUGUAACAUCUGCUUCUGCUUGGGUUGGUGAAGCUGGUGGUGCUUAUAACAGUGGACAUAAUCUUGUCACAAAUGCAUUUGUGUUUAGUUUCUGGUACUUGGAUCAGCUAGGGAUGUCUUCUGUUUAUGACACGAAAACGUACUGUAGACAAACGUUGAUAGGAGGAAACUAUGGUUUGCUCAACACUACAACGUUUGAACCAAAUCCAGAUUACUACAGUGCCCUUCUUUGGCAUCGGUUGAUGGGUAGAAAGGUCCUUUCCACAAAUUUUACAGGGACCAAGAAAAUACGAUCUUACGCACAUUGCGCCAAAGAAUCUACGGGAAUAACGGUUUUACUGAUCAAUCUAGACAACACAACUACAGUGGAUGUAAGUUUGUCUUCAUAUAUGAAUUGGAAGAGGGAGCAUAAACUAAGAUCUCUUGUUCAUCAUCAUCAUCAUAAAGUAAACAAUCCAAGAAAUAACAAGACUGGUGGAAUAGGGACAAGAGAAGAAUAUCAUUUAACACCAAAAAAUGGGGAUUUACAUAGUCAAGUAAUGAAGCUUAAUGGAAAAGAGUUGGAAAUAACUUCAUCUCAAGAGAUUCCACCAUUGGAGCCUAUAUAUGUGAACUCUUCAAUGCCUAUACGUGUUGCUCCUUUUUCUAUUGUAUUUGCUCAUAUUCCUCAUCUUACUUUCUAUGCUUGUAGUAGUAGUGAUUAAAUGCUAUAACCAAAUUCACAUGAAAUGGAACCUGAGAAUCAGUUCCAUUUUUGUUAUUGAAUUAUAGAUUAUAUUCCUCA